ACUCCUCCGUAGCCGCUUUGGCCCCUAAAAGUUUCCUUAGCCUUAAAACACACACAAUCGCCCCUUCAAAAACAAACACAACUUCUCUCUCUACAAAUACUUGCACAAUUUCCACUCCGCUGAUACGUACCACAUCUCUGGUCCAGUGAUCUAAAUGGCGACCACUAUGUUACCGAUCAGCGCAGUCGGAGUGAGAGCCUGUGCGAGUACCGGCCCCCGGAAAGCUGACGUAAAUAACCGGAGGAGUUCAUCUUCCAACUGGUGGUCCCCAAUCUUCGGCUGGUCUGCUGAGCCGGACUACAUUGACACUGAUAACAAGAGAGGUGAUUUAUCAUCUAUUAGUAAAAAGUCGGAGCAGGAUCAGGAUCCUAAGCCGGUGGCAAAAUCUCGGUUUGCUCCUGGUUCGUUCACAGCGGAAAAGGCCAGGCAGCUCCGGAUGAUGACGACUGGGUCGUCUACGUUUCAUGACGUCAUGUACCACUCUGCCAUCGCCUCCAGACUCGCCUCCGAUUUCUCCGGCCGCUCCGAACUAUAAAUCGCCUGCACAACAGCUAUAAAUAAUUUAGAAAUCUGUUGGCGUUUAGGUGGAAGUCGUAGUUAAUUUUUUUAUUUUCUUUUUCCUAAUCUUAUUUUUAUUAAUUGAACAAAAUGUGAAGACCUUAAGAUCAGACGGUAAUGAUGUAGAUUAUCAUGUAUUGUUGCAUGAUAAUCUGGAUCUGAUGAUAGAUAAGCAUGUAGUACUUAAGUAUCUCUCUCUUUUUUAUUGUUGCUUAAGUCAAUGCUUAUUACACUGUAUCAUUACAUAUGUAAAUGCUUGUAUGACGUGGAGAAGUCGAUGAUUGGAUUAAAUUAUUUUGGAUGAAGAUCAGAUGAUUCAUCACUCUAUUA